CUUGUCUGUGAUGGGAAAAGAGGCUUGUUGACCAGGCUGCUGCAGGUCAUGAAGAAGGAACCAGCUGAAUCCUCCUUCAGGUUUUGGCAGGCAAGGGCAGUUGAAAGUUUUCUGCGAGGCACCACCUCUUACGCAGACCAGAUGUUUCUGCUAAAGAGAGGACUCCUGGAGCAUAUUCUCUACUGCAUUGUUGAUAGUGAGUGCAAAUCACGAGAUGUGCUUCAAAGUUACUUUGACCUUCUGGGAGAACUCAUGAAAUUCAAUAUUGAUGCAUUCAAGAGGUUCAACAAGUACAUCAACACAGAUGAGAAGUUCCAGAUAUUUUUAAAUCAGAUCAACAGUUCAUUGGUUGACUCAAACAUGCUUGUUCGCUGCAUUACACUGUCCCUGGACCGAUUUGAGAAUCAGUCUGAUGCUAAAGUUGCAGAAGUCCUGUCCGAGUGCCGCCUAUUAUCGUACAUGUCCCAGAUGUCCAUGAGAAUGUCCUUUCUGUUCCGUCUCAUUAAUAUUAUCCAUGUACAGACACUUACCCAGGUAAAGAGCUGGCAGUGACUUUGCAGUUAUCUUGCUGAUACUG